AUGGCCACAGCUGCCGUAACCCUCCCCGGUGGCGCCGGCGCAUCGGGCGUGAUCCCAUGCCCACUGCCCGCGACGGUGGAAGAUGCCAUUCGCGCUGCGCAAAAGAUGCAGCCAGGUGGCUGGGAGAAUGCCGUGCUUUCCCAGGGUGUCCAACAUUUAAAACCAGGCACUACCCUGGAAGCUGCUGCGUAUACCUUGGUGAGCUACGAUACCUUAGGCAGCCGUGCGAUCAACGUCCCACAAACGGAAUGCCGUGGUAUCAACUUGAAGCAGCUGUCGCAGCUGGUGGAUUUCAUCCGUGACCAUGCGCACCUCUGGAUGGAGACGUACUCUGGCAGCCCAAACUUUGAACAGCCGUUGGAGCUGCAGACCUUCAACCUCUACCACACAUCUCAUUGGGUCAUAAAGCCAGCCACCCUGCGGUACAGGUGCAGCUUCGUGGAGCUCGUUGCCAAAGACGCAGAAACGCAGUUCCCGUGUUGGUUUGUAAGUCAUGCGUGGCAAGAAGCCGUGUGUCGCUUUGUUGCUUGCCUGCGCCAGCACGCGGAACUGCGGAAUGCCGUGGGACUAGCAUACUGGGUCUGUGCGUACGCAAAUAAUCAACACAAGCUGCAGGAGGAGAUCUCGGCCAACCCACGUGGGACGUCCUUCUACAAGGCCAUGAAACUGGCCGUUGGGGUCGUGCUGAUCUUGGACCGGGAUGUUGAAGAGCGGAACACCGGGACGCCACUGCUGCUGGAUGUGGCCGCCACCGACGCCUCCAAUCAGGCUCACGUGAUCACUGAUGGUCUGGCAGCCCCAGAGGCGCGUUUGAUGCCGCUGCUGGGCUUUUUGACGAAGGCCUUGCGCGAAGCGAACUUUCCCACGUUGCUCGCGCAGAAGGGUCUCAGCGUCGACAUCUCAAAGGCUGACGCCAGCAAAGCAGAGGACAAGAUCCGUAUCCUCAAUUGCAUCAGACUGCCGCAAGCAAGGACGAAGGCCAGGAACAAGGCCCUGGCAGCGCAUUUUGCCAUCGCUUCCUGGUUUGGUGCCGUUACGCAGGGGCACGACACCAGCAACCUUCGGAGAGCCCUGGCGGCCGACAGCUCACGGCAUAUGGUGGAGUUGUCCUUCACAGGCUGCCGUGGCUUUGGGGAUGACUCGCUGCAGCAGCUGCUGAAUCACUUGCCGAGGAAACUUCGUCUGCUCCGCUUGGAUCUGGCCUUUAGCGGGGUUCAAUCAUGGAACUUCCAGAAGGAGAUGCCUCCACUGGAGCAGCUCACCCUGCGCUUCACGGGCUCCAGGUUGGCAGAUGCGUCCGGCUUGGCACAGAUGCUCGACACAGAGCAGUGCCUCGCAGGGUCGCUGAAAUCUUUACAGCUGUGGUUUUCCAACCUUCCGUCCUUGGUGGAGCUGGGCUCAUGGGAGCCGCUCACAAAACUGCACCUGGAAGAGUUGGUCUUACAGCUGAAGCGCUGUGGCCAAGUUCCUCCUGAAGCAAAGCAGUCGUUGUAUGCGUGCGUCCAACAACUGAAGAGAGCUAGGGAGUUGCUGAACCUUCCUGGUCAUGGUCUUGGUCUGGAGGUGGAGCUGGCUGGUAGCAAGGCCGUGGACUACGUAGAUUUUGACGACGCCAUUGACGACUGUGGAGGGCGAGCUUGGCGAUGGGCCGAACUCAGCUUACUUUUUACAAUGCAGGCUGCUGCUGAAAUUCAGCAGCGGACGACCCUUGCCGUGAUCCUGCUGUCGCUGUACCCUGUUGCCUGCUUGUCACUGGAAGAGUCUUUGGGAGUUCCAUGGGCUGUGAUCUGCACUUUGCUCUCCGUGAUAGUGCUGAGUAGCAUUGUGACUACGAGCAUUCGCUUUGACACCGUGAGAACGCAAAUUCUGCAGGAAGCGGUGGCAACAGAAGCAAGUUACUCCCAGGUGCUUCAGCUGCCAGAGGCUCAGAACGUCAUUGGGGUGCCUUGGCUGCCAAGCCAUGCGGGCAACAUGCUCCGGGUUCCCACAAUGGACUGCGGCUAUGCAGAUCCUCGAGACCUACGUCAACAAAGCGAAGAUUUGAGAGCCAUGAAUGUGGCGCUGCCGGACGCUAGAUUGAAGCUGAAGCUGCUGACCAGUUUGAGCGACGAAGAGAAGCGAAGCCCGCAACAAGUUCUGGACGCGCUUCGAUUUGAAUUGAUGUGCGAAAACAUGCAAUCCGUUCAGGAAGCAUUCAAGGGCCUCAAGGACCGCCUUGCGAGCGAAGAAAUGGUCGCUUUGGGUGUGCGGAUCGCUGCUGUCCGGGACACCUUUGCCGAGAUGAGCGGGGCUGCCAGCGGCCAAAAAUGCUGUCAGGUAGUUCUGCAGGUGGAAGAUUACUAUUCCUCCGUGUUUCUCAUGGAUGUCACUCUGACCAGGCUCGAGAAUCAGCUGAGCGAUUUGACCAAGUUGGCGGACAAUUUUGGGCUGUUGGAUGACGUGAAAUCAAAAUGGGAGACUUCACUGAGGCUUUGCAAUGAUGCAUCCAGUGUCGGGCCUUUGACCAUGGCAGGGACCAUUUUCUUGCAGAUUGUGGCGUUGGUCGUGUCCUUUUUCAUGGCCGUCCAAUAUUUCCUCCGUUACGCUCCCAGGAUCCGUUCUCGUCUGUCCGACUUCCUUCUGGAUGCCUUGCUGCUGGACACCGAGGAGUCCAAUGAGACGUUCUUGGAGGCCGCAUUUCUGGCCCUGCCCUACUUGGUCCUGGUUCUGGUGUUCCUGUUACAGCUGUUGUGCCGAAAUACGAGUCGGAAGAGGCCACGACCCACGGAGGUGCUUUAUGAAAAGUAUUUUGGGUUGCGCGGAGCUUACUACCCCUUCAAGGUGGCGAUCUUCCAAUGCUUCACCGUUGCGGUGCAGGCCUUGGGAAAGAUCUCCUUGUUGGGCGGCCUCGUUACCUUCGCCCAAGAAGAACAAGACGUGAAUGCCAUUCUUUGGCUUAGUGUCGGCUUCUGGGCUUUCUUUGCCCUACUCUGUUGGAACAGUCUCUAUCCCGCCUUUCUUCUGAUGUUCCCUGACGCUGCCUGGGCUCGAAUUGGAGCAGCAUUUAUGGAUGCUGCUUUGGACCUUGGCUACAUCUUGACCUACCUGGGUAUGGUUUUGGUGGCCAUGCUGCGAUUGCAGACAGCCUCCGAAGGCUGGGGAAAUUUUGGCGAGGACUUGACGUUGCAAUUCAGCAAUCGUAUCAGCCCCGUGUUCGCCUUUCCCACUGACUUUCUGGGCUAUGGCGCCGUGUAUUUCAACCUAGCACACGCAUGCUGCAUUGCACACAUUUUGCAGCACACCAAUUGGAGCUUGCCAGUGCGACCCAGGGGCGAGCGCCAAAAACGGAGAUACCUUCCAACACUAUUUGGGUGCUCCCUUUCCAUUGGGCUCCUUUCGGUGCUGGUGAUUCUCCUUGUGACGCAGGACGUUUUUCCAAUGAACCAUGGACAGGAUUUCACGUGUUUUCCGUGCCGUUGCUCUGACAAUGCUGACUCAGCUGGCCAACAGAUUGACAGCUGCACCCUUGCAGCCGUCCUCAGACAGAAGCAGGUGCACCUUGCUGCGAAGAACAUCACGGCCGUGGACCCAAAGGCUUUCAGCUCACUUGGACAUGUGCAGCGCCUGUCAUUGGCGAACAACAGCUUGAUCCAUCUGCCUCCGGGCCUCUUCGAAGGUCUAUCAUCUUUGGAGCAGUUGGACUUGACCCGAGUUGAGCUGGCAACACUUCACGAAGAUUCCUUUCGGGGCUUGGAGCAGCUGAAACUAUUGGCGAUGAGCGACAACCAGCUCACCGAGCUCUCGGCUGCGAUGCUGCAACAUUUGCCGCUGUUGGAGCAGCUUCUCUUGGGCGGCAAGCGGGACAGGCAAAACAGAGUUAUCGUGAAGGGCAAUCGCAUCCAGGAGCUUGGAACCAUCUUCGGACACAACGAACAGCUGCAGGUGAUCGACUUCAGCGGCAACAAGCUCCAGAAGAUUGACCCGGCUACCUUUGCAGGACCAAAGAAGCUCCGAUGGCUGAGUUUGAAAUCAAACCAGUUGACGACACUUUCUGCGGGGGCAUUCCAAGGACUUGGCCAACUGCAGAAACUCGAUCUGACGUACAACCGGUUGACGACACUUCCCGCAGGGACGUUCCAAGACCUUGGUCAACUGCAGCGGGAGAUCUGGAUUCCUGGGGCCCUGGGGUGUGGGCAGGAUUGUGCUGGCACUGUGGACAAGAUCUCGUACCAGCGCGAUUGCCAAUAA